GCAAAAAUUAACUUUUUCACUAGUUUUUCAGCAUAAAAUGUAAUGCGAGCGCAACGAUUAACAAACGACAGUGCCGUACUUAUGCGUUUCUGCUUCUUCUACGAUUUGCCGAUAACUAGUCGAUAACGACAAGUGUGCAAAUCUCCUUUGAGAUGCAUGUGCGGCUCAAAAUUUCAGGGCGAAACAAUAACGCCACGAUGAUUGGACGACAAGUGUGCAGAUAGCCUUACUCCCACAAAAGUUGUUUGACUUACAGUUUUGUUUGGCACCUGGAACACUUUCCUGAAAAAAACUGCAAAUCGUGUAUAACGUGAGCACCUGCACGCAACUAUAAAUUUCCAGAACAACGUUGAAUCGCCUCGAAAAUCGUCUCGUGUAAAGGCAGCAUUAUUAAACGUCGUCAUAUAAAAAAAUCGAUUUUGUUGGAAAGUCGAUGUCGACUUUGCCAGCCUUCUACAAAUGAAAGAUUUUUUUUAAAUCCAUUUGUUAUUUGUGAUCAAUGGUUAUUUUAAUGUAAUAAUUUUCCUCAUUACCAAUGGCUCUUGAAAUUGACAGAAAUAACUGUGCUUUUAAAAAAUGCGGAGAAAUAUCGACUUUUUUGCCAGCAGGGAAGAAAGAAUUUUUUCUGAAUUGUGGGUUUUGUGAGCUUACAUUUCUUGAGUUAAACAACUUGAUUGAGCAUAUAUUCGAGGAUCAUUCUGUGGAAUUCCUGGAAACAGAAUUAAAGGAAGACGUUGAGGAUAUUUCGCUGGGUUUUCAGGAAGGUUACAGCAGUGAAACUGAUUCGCAUUCAAAGGAUGCCGAUGUUGAUGGACAUAUGUUAACAGGUUUUGAAACUGUUGAAGUAUUGGAAACACACAAAUCAGAUACUGAACUCGAAGAUAAGUCUGAUUAUUCGAUAAAGGAAGAAAUUAUAGAAAAUAACUACGUGGAACCCGGUGACUAUGGUAUGAAAAAGGAUACUGCAGAAAUUGGCUCUGAAGUUUACGCACUCCACGAAAAAAAAAAUAAAUUCAAAUUUAAUAAUAACAAAUGCCCCAGGGAUAGUUCAAUAUUGGAUGAUGCGCAGUGCAUAAUUUUGGCUGAUAUUUAUAAAUUACAUACUUGCCUUUGGAAUGAAGAGGACAUCGCUUAUAGGUUUAAAAACAGACGUGAAGAAUCUUUACGCGCUGUUUUCAAUGAAUUUAAUACAAAAACUGGACUAAAUUUGUCACACCAGGAUUUGAAAAAAGAAAUUAUACUGUUGCGAAAAAUCUGCUCAAAUGAAAAGAAACUAAAAAUAUCAUGCAAAAAAACCAAUUCCAUUCAUAUAACCACGUACCUAUUUUACGAUUAUAUAUCAUUUCUCGAAGUCGACGUUGCCCCCUUUGAAUGCUCCAAAUGUGGGAAAUUACUUCCUGGGUUAGGUCAGCUGAAAGUACAUUUUGCAGAACACGAUGGUUCGCUGCCGUUUAUUUGUAACAUCUGUGGUCAUGGUUUUCAGUUGGGUACUAAUUUAACGGUUCAUCUUAGAAGACACGUACAAGACUACCAGUACAAUUGUGAAGUGUGCAACAAGCCGUGCGCAACAACCACAGAAAUUAAAAUCCACAUGCGUACACACACAGGCGAAAGGCCCUUUGUUUGUUCUAUUUGUGGCGAGAAAGCUUUGACGUCAUCGCACCUUUUAUUGCACAUGCACCGGCGUCACGAAAAACGAUAUCGUCACAAAUGUAAACUUUGUCCAAAAAUGUUCUAUGAAACUAAAAGCUUACGCGAACACAUGGCCGUUCAUAAGAAUGUGCGAGAUCAGAUUUGCGGAGUGUGUAACAAGGGCUUUAAAAAUCUUAAGCAAUUGCGACAGCAUCAGCUGAUUCACAACGCGGAAAAGAAAUAUACAUGCAAAUUUUGUGGAAAACGUUUUGCGCAAAGUUCGGGCCUUUGUGGUCAUAUGAAAACUCACGGUACAUUGCCCCGGAAACUGCUACAUGCUGAUAAGGAUAAAUUAAACUAAGUUUCUAUUGAAAUAAGUUUAUUAGUGUAACCUCGAAUCAUUAACUGAAUUAAAAUAAAACCCGACUUCAUGUUUAAAUGUGCUUUUACAGUGGCUUAUUCGGUAUAAUACAUGGGCUGCAAAAACCAGCAAGUUUCAUGGUCAGCUGGCAAUUCUAAGUGCUCUGUUAAUGUACAUAACUUGUUUCCCGCGCAGACUUGUCAAGCUUGGUUUGCAUCUUCAGUAUCAACUUUCGUUCUGUCUGGUUCGAGCUUCUGUUUUUCCUUAAUUUAUGUUCAUUUAUCUUAGGUAAUGUGAUUUUCGUCUAGUAUAGGUUAAUACCUCCCAAUUUUUGUCAUUGUUUUCUUCUUUGUUUGGCUUUUUGUUUUUGUGUUCCCUUCGGAUUUCUUCUACCAGAUCUCUUUUGUAUCCGUUAUUAGCCGCUAUGGCAUAUAUUGCGUUCAGUUCUUUUUUGUAUCCUUUUUUUAGUGGUAUUCGCUCAAUUACAUUGAAUCAUCUGUCUAAAGGCGGCUUUUUUAUGCUGAUAAGGAUGGUUCGAAGGGCG